UAUGACGUUCUUUGAUUUGCUAUGGGAUGGUAAGAGUAUGACUUAUGAUCAUUCAUUUGCAAUGGAAGUUGCUAAAGUAGUUAUAACUUAUAAGUUUAGGUAGUUGUGCUUAUUUCAAUGGGAAUUUUUGUAGUUAAUAUCAUAUUAAGUGUCAUCGUGUACUUUUUACUAAAGCCUAAGAAGAUGAAGGAAGUGGGAUAGAUUAAUAUUACUGAUUCAUUUUUUGAUGUAAAACAAGAAAGUAAGACAAUUCUAUCUUAUUGAAUUUAAGAAAAACCAAUGUCUGCAAUUAUAGUGGAAUCAAUCAAUAUUGUUCUAUUUUGGUUUAUAAUAGGCCCUUUGGCUAUAGCUUUAGUUGGUUAUUCAGUUUUUAAUUUGAUCCAUUCUUGGUUAUGCGGAUUUUUAAUAUUUUUGCUUGGAAUAUUUGGAAUUUUAGUAUAAAUAUGGAGAAAUUCAUAAUUUUGGAAAAGUAAUUAAAAGAUAAUAUAUUUAGAUAAGUCUUUUAAAAAGAGAUAUAUAAGUGCAGCCAUAUAUUUUAAGUAUCUCUUAGCAUUUGAAUUGACCACAGUUAUAUUUUUCUCAAUAUUUCUUCCAUUAGCAUUCCAAAAAGGAUGUCUUUGUGUUUAUAAUAAAGCAUAUGGAGUUGACACAUUUUUGGAUUUAUAAUUUUCAACUAAAUGGACUAGAUCAAAUUGGUUACCUGAUGAAGUGUGUCCUAAAGGAACAUUGUGUCAUAUAUAUGCCACUUUACCUGAAGAGACAUCAAAAGAAGUUUUUAUCAAUGUACAUUCUGGAACUGAUAUUGAUGAAUUAAAUGCACAAAUGAAGUUUUAAGAUUCUAAAAUUAAUAUAAAGUGUGAUAAAAUACCUUUUCCAUCAUCUGUUGAAGAAAGAGGAUAAAGAAAUGUAUUCACAUGUUUUUUUACAGGUCUUUAAUCAUAUACUUUAUAUGAUGUAGAUUUAAUUUAUAAGGAGAAAGUCUUGAAUUCUACAAAGUACAGAACAAUAGCAGAAUAAUAUUCAGAUGAUGAUCUUGUAAUUUUGUUUGGAGGAGAUUGGGGUUAUUAAACAAAAGGAUUAAUGAUUGUAGAUUAAAUUAGUAAAGUUAAUCCUGAUGCUAUUUUGAUUGGAGGAGAUAUAGCUUAUGAUAAUGGCAAUGUACAUUGUUAUUAUUCAUUUGAUUUAUUAUUAUAAGUCUUUGAAACUUAGUUUAUAAAAGUUGGAAGAUUGAUUCCAUUCAUAUUUUCAGUUGGUAAUCAUGAUGUUGGAUUCAAUGAUUAUGCUAAAUAUAAUAUAACAGUGUCUAAUGAAAGGGGACCUUUAUAUUUCACCUACUUUCCUUAAAGAAAGUCUGCUGAUAAUACUGUUCUACCAAUUAAAAAUAGAGUGACAUUCAAUAUUUAAAAGAUGUAAAACCUAUUACUCUUUGGUUUAGAUUCAGGGUAUUUAUAUCCUCAUAAUGGUACUUAAUCAGAAUGGAUGAUAUCAAUUUUAAAAAAUGAAUCUUAUGCAACAUUUAAUAAAUUUGCUCAUUAUCAUGUACCUAUAUAUCCUACUUGUUAUAAUAAUAAAUCUUUUAUGAAUUCUUGGGAUAAUUUAUUAUAGGCUAGAGCUAUUUGGGUACCUUUAUUUGAUUAAUAUGAAUUUGUGGGAGCUUUUGAAAAUCAUGUUCAUUAAUAUAAAAGAACUUUUCCAUUAAAAGCUAAUAAAAAAUCAGAAAAAGGAACUGUAUAUUUUGGUGAUGGUUCUAUGGGAAUAAGAAGUGUUAAUUGUGAGGAUGAAUCUAAAACAUAUUUACCAGGUAGACCAUUUGAUGAUAUCUUUGAAACAGUUAUCACAAACAAUAGUGAUCAUUUUUGGGUACUAAAAUCAUAUGGUAAAAAUCAAACAAUAGAUUUUAAUGCAUUUUAACCAGAUUACACAUAUAUUUAAAAUAGUACCUAUGUUGUUAAUGCAAGAGAAAGAAAAAUAAAAAUAGAUUUAUGA